AUGGGGCCCCUCAUCGCUCUCAUACAAUCCACCCAAGACCUAAUCACGCAUUUCCAAUCCUCCCUAACCACCUCCUCGACCGCCGCUCUCUUGAAGACAUCCUCCCCUCAGCAAUCAAACGGAACAACACCUUCCUCCCAGCAGCAGCAACAACAACAACAACAGGCCGACACCCUCGCCGUCAUCAAAGCAACCUCCGCCCUCCUCCGCUCCCACACCACCACCCUCUCCCUCCUCCUCCUAACCCCGCCCCUCACGCCGUCCGCCGUAAUCAGCAAAAUUGGAGAUGUAAGCUCCGGCGCGCUGGCCGCCAUGGUCGCCGCCGCCACCGCCCCUCCUUCCACCAGUCGUACUCCAUUAUCGGAAAAUCAAGUACUCCCGGAAAUCAUGCACGCCGAACUCCGCGCCCAGGUCCGCCGCCUCCUCACUUCGUGGUCCGACAUCCUCGUUCUCGUCCAGCGCUUCGCUUCGCGCCGCGCAGCCGAGAACAAGGACGACGGGCCCAGUGAAGCAGAGAGACAGGAUGUCCUUGCCGCGACUGGUGUAGUGUGGGAGGCUUGCGAUGGAUUGGUUAAGGUGUGCGAGGAAGGGGUUGUGGGGCUUGUGGUUCGAAAGGCGGAGGAGUGGAGGGCCGUGUUGAUGGAUGCGGUGGAGGAGCUGAGGGAGUGGGGAGACGAUGUUGAUGAUGAGGGGAUUGAGGAGGGAGAAUCUAGAGGGGAAGAAGAGAAGGCGGAAAGAAGUGAUGGGGAGGAUGGAGGAUUCGAUACCGAUGACGAGGAUGCGAUUUUCGCUGCGGCAAAUAAGCUCGGCAAAGGGGAUAAGGAGCUGAAGGCCUUGUUGGAGAGGAGUGUGAAGAGGUUGAAGAUGGUGGGGAUGUUGUAUCAGGCAUUGAUCAAGAGGCGGUUGAAGACCUACCCCAAAUCCACCCCGUCAACUACAUCAACGGCGAUUUCGAACGGGGAUGCAGCGAAUAUCAUAUAUCCAGAGGGACUUCCUUCGGAGCGAUUGGACAGUCUCCUCGUCCACCUCAAGUCCAUACCCGAAACUGUGGACGAUCUGGCAAGUUCCUUCUACGAUCUUGACGAGCAGGAAGCAACCCGCGUCUUGGAGAAAUGCUGCGGAGAAGCGCGAAGCGCCAUCGACACCGUGAAGCAGAAUUGGACGGGUCAAGAUGACGAAUUCACCGCAUGGUCAAGCAAAUGGGUGGACGCACUUCACGCUGUAUGA